UUGCAAUUCUGAGGAAAACAAAUCGCGGAAGGGAAAGUCGGCGGAAUCGCAUUGCGGCGCCGGACGGAGUUUAGUGAAACACCGGCCGAAUACAUGUGAGAGUAGUGUUGCCUUGGCGACGGAGCAAUGAGGCGGCUGUACAUCGGUGGAUUGAGCCACUCGGUCACCCAGAAUGAUCUGAAGGAGCGAUUUGGAAGGUUUGGAGUUGUGGAGGACGUGGAGGUCCGGACCAGGAUGGACGAUGAGGGUGUUCCUUAUAAAACCUUCAGCUACAUUAACAUCAACAUUUCAGACGGUGACCUGAAGAAAUGUAUGACGUUGUUGAACAAAUCCAAAUGGAAAGGAGGAACUCUGCAGAUUGAAACCGCCAAGGAGAGUUUCCUGCAGAGGCUGGCGGAGGAGCGGCAGACGGCAGCGGAGCAGCAGGGCCUCCGGCAGCCUGAAGCUGAGGACCAGAAGCAGAAGGUGCUGGACUCUCUGAGCAAAGCCGGCGUGGAGAACUUCACCAUGAAGGCCGCCGUGCCGGGGACCGAAGUGCCGGGACACAAGGACUGGGUGGUCAGUAAAUUCGGGCGAGUCCUCCCCGUCCUGCAGCUCAGGGCUCAGAAGGGCAGCAGGGCUCGGACGCUGAAGUACGACCCGUCCAAAUACAGCCACAACAUCCGCAAGCUGGACCGGGCCGCCGGCGCCGACCCCCCCGCGCCGCUCACGCCGGUCACUCAGCUCACCUGGGAGGUGCGGGGCGGCGACGACGACAUCAGCAAGAAGAGGCGCGGCGAGUUUCCUCCGUUUGAGCCGCCGAGACGCAAGAAGGUCCGGGCGGCGGUGAACGCCCGCAGCGCUGAAGCCGGGGCCAGAUCCACGGCGACCGCUGACUCCGCCCCCCGCGCCGAGGCCCCGCAUCUCGCCAACGAGAGGGAACCGGCGACCGACCCCGGGCCGCCCCGGAGGACGUGGCCACGCUUCGCCGGCGGCGCCGAUUCAGACGACGAAAUCCGCAGACUGGUGGCGGCACAGGACACCUCCCAUGGUGCACUGCGGCAGGAAGAGGACGACGAGGGGGAUAAGCUGGAGGUAGUCGGCCUGGACUAUCUGGUCUGUAAAGCAGGUCCGGAGGACAAAGACGAGAAUGACUACGACUCCGCAGACACCGAUGAACUGUUCGCCUCCAGGAAGGCUGCUCCUCCUCCUCCGCCGCAGGAGAGACCGGCGCCACGAGCGGCAGCGGGAAACCAGGGCGACAGGAAGCGAACGGCGACGAUGAAGAAGAAGAAGAAGAGUCAAAGUCAGGACGAGGAGGACGAUUCCUCAGAGGAAGAGGUCUUCUCCAGGAAACCGCCUGCUGGACGCAGUUCUCAGAAACAAAGUAAGAAGAUGAAAGUCCUCCCCGAUGUGAAUCCCCCCUCCUCAGAAUCUGAUGAAGUGGACCAGGAAGAGGAGGUGGAGGUGGAGGAGGAAGGGCCGUCCGAUUGCAGCUCCGAUUCUGACUAUGAAGCCAUGUUCUCCAACGUCACCCGUCUGGAGAUCUCCCUGGCUGAUCUCCAGAAGCUGGCUGAGGAAUCGGAGCAGACCUCUGAGACUGCGGCUUCCAGCGUCCUGGCGCCCGCGCACAAGAAGGGGACCCUGCCCGAGGAGAUCCUCGCCUUCCUCAUGAAGGACAGCAAAGAGGACAGGCGGCAGCAGCAGAACGAGGAGAAGAAGAAGAAGAACAAACCGGCUCCACUGCCGGCGUUCAAAGGGACGAGAGCGCCGAGCGGGGGGUCGGACACGGAGGACAAGGAGGGAGGAGGUGGCGUCAAAAAACAGAAGCUGGAGGACGAAGCUCCUCAGACGAGUCACAAAGCAACAGGAAGUAAAAUCAACGGACGGGACCUCGCAGAGUCAGAGAGCAGUGAAGAGGAGGAGGAGGAGGAGGAAGCAGCAGCGUGCGGGGGGGUGAAGAACAUGGCUGAGGCAGGUUCCUCAUCUAGCAGUGAGGAGGAGGAGAAAAGGAGGAAAAAGCCUCUCCCCGCUCAGCCUAAAGCAGCAGCAGCCUCUUCCUCCAGGUCCUCCUCCUCCUCUGAGGAAGAGCAAGAAAACGCUGUGAAAGCAGCAAAACCUCCGCCUGCUCCCAACAGUGAGUCCUCCAGCGAAGAAGAAGAAGAAGAAGAGGAGGAGCACGCUCCUCCCCCCCGCCUGCCGCUAGGAGCGAAGGAGAACGAGGAGCGCCAGAGGAAGGCCAACGAGAGGAGGCUGGCUGCCGUCCAGAAGAGGCAGAAAGAGGCUGAAGAGCACAAGCAGCUCAUCCAGGGAGCGUUAUCCAGCCUGGACGCUCCGAAAGCAGCGGCCGGGAAGCACAUCGUCUUCGGCUCCGGCGACGAAGACGAGCGGCAGACGACCUCCGAGGACGAGGCCACGGGAGACAAGGCGGUAGGGGAUAAGGAAACCGCAAAAGGAAAGGUGCGUCCGAAGCCAUCUGUCCCUCAACUGUUUGCCGGCAGCGAGGACGAUGAGGAAGGUGAUGACGAGGAGGACGGCAGCAGAUUUGACAUCAAGCCUCAGUUUGAAGGUCAUGUGGGACAGAAGCUGAUGGAGCUGCAGUCUCGUUUCGGGAGGGACGAGCGAUUUCGAAUGGACUCUCGCUUUUUGGACGAAGAGGAAGAGGAGGAGUCAGAGAAAAUGAAGAGCGGCACUGAGGAAGAGGAGGCUCUGGACGAGGAGAGGAAGAAGAACCUGUCGAUCCUGCAGAGCGUCCUCGGCGGCAGCCAAACAGCCGGCGCCGCCAAGGCGGCCGCCAAAGCCAAGACCUUCAGAGACGUGUCAGCGCUGCAUUACGACCCGAGCAGAGAGGAACACGCUGCGUUCGAGACCAAAACAGACGACACCAAGAAGGACAGCAAGUCGGCCAGGAGGAAGAAGAGGGAGGAGGCCCAGAAGCUGCCGGAGGUUUCCAAGGAGAUCUACUACGACGUGUCCGGCGACCUGAAGGCCGUGUUCGGCCAGGCGAAGGCGGAUGAGGACGUCGUCCCCGUCGCAGAGGACAAGGAGACCAACUGGGACCGAGAGGAAGAGGAAGAGGCAGAAGAAGAAGAAGGAGGAGGAGGCAAUGACGAAGAGCCGACCCUGCAGCCGUCCCUCCUCGCCGCCGAUCCCGCGGCAGAGAGCGAGGAGGCGUCCGGGUUUAAAUUCUCCUUCUUCGAGGACGACACGCAAACAGGAGGCGGAGAGACGGCAGAGUACAAGGUAGAGAGCAUCCAGGCGGCAAAGGUGUCAUGGCAACAAGACCUACGUUUCCCAGACAGCAGCUCGGAUGAUGAUGAGGAGGAGCAGCAGCAGCCUGGGGAGGAAGAGGAGGAGCAACAAGACGCCACCGCAAAAACCACAGAAGUGGAGAUUCCCUCAAAGACGCAGCUGUUCUUCUUCUACUCUGAGGACAGCAGACUAGCCGAGGGUCCUCGGUCGUUCUGUCGCCCCUCUCACCUGGAGGAGCAGAGGGAGCAGUGGGAGGAGAGGAGGACCGAGCUCAGACAGGAGUACCGCAAAAAACACAAGGACGCCCGGAGGAAGCUGAGGUCCUCCAUGAAGAGCUGAGGAUUGUGGGAAGUGAAGUCUCUACUUCAGUUCACCGGUCCAGGUUUCAGAAUCGGGGGCUGACCCUGUGAUGCAGCUGGCAGCUGAAGACCGACACAACCAGUAAAAGUUCUACAUCGUCAGACAGUUUUUUUUUAUUUUUCUAAAAUAUGUUGUGGAGAGGACUUGCUGUCGGUCCAUCUGGUUUGGUUUUCUGGUUAGUUGCUAUGGUGAUGAUGCUGCAAAUGAACCUGCAGCACGUAACUCAAACCAGGGGGCCGAACCUGUUAUAAGAAGAAAACCAAAUGGUAUAAUGUGCCUAACGACGCCUAAGUGUUCUGAUGACUCAUUUGAUGUGAGGCCUCUGUGUCACUUUGCUCUAUGAAUAUUUUGGGGGGUUUAUACAUAAGCUUCAUAAAAGAAAACUUGUGU